AUGGGUGUUAAUUCAUUAUGGGAUAUAUUAGGACCUACGGCCCGACCGGUAAGAUUAGAUGCGUUAUCUAGAAAGCGUUUAGCAGUGGAUGCAUCUAUUUGGAUAUAUCAAUUUUUAAAAGCAGUAAGAGAUCAAGAAGGUAAUUCAUUACCACAAUCACAUAUAGUUGGAUUCUUUAGAAGAAUUUGUAAAUUAUUAUAUUUUGGUAUUCGACCAGUUUUUGUCUUUGAUGGAGGUGCGCCAGCAUUAAAGAGAGAGACCAUAAACAAAAGACGUGAAAGGCGAAGAGGUAAUGCUGAAACAACGCGACAAACAGCUCAAAAGCUCUUAGCUAUUCAACUUCAAAGAGCGGCUGAACAAUCGUAUAAGCCUAAUAAUAAUAAAGUUACAAAUAUUCAGACUGGUUAUGAUAUUGAUGAUGAAGAUGAAGAUAUUAUUUAUCUCGAAGAUUUACCUAUAAAUCAUCCUCAACAAGUAAGUUCAUUAGCAACUAAAGAUAAAGAUAAUAAUAUUAACGUUACAGAUUCACCAGAAAGACCAAAGAGUUUUAGAAAGACUGAUGAAUAUCAUUUACCUGAGAUAAAAGAAUUCCGAGUUUCAAAAGACGAUGGUAGAAUCAUGGCUGAAGAAGAUUAUAUGGAAUCAAAAUUAGAAUCAUAUGAUUAUGAUCAUGUAGAUGGUAUAGAUAUUAAUGAAAUUGAUCCAAGUUCAAAAGAAUUUGAACAAUUACCUUUGGAAACUCAAUAUAUGAUAUUAUCACAUCUUAGAGUGAAAUCUAGAUUAAGAUUAGGAUUUAAUAAAAAGCAAUUAGAAGAUAUAUUCACUGAUAGUAUGGAUUUCUCAAAAUUUCAAAUAAGGCAAGUUCAACGUCGUAAUUUUUAUACUCAAAAAUUAAUGAAUGUUGCUGGAAUGGGAGAUGAUGGAAAUGCUUCUAAAAGAAUAGCAAGUAAUAAAGAUAGGCGAUAUGCUUUAGUUAAAAAUGAAAAUGGUUGGACAAUGUCCUUACAAGAACCAGAAUCAACAGCAGAGAAUCCAAUAUAUUUAGAUGAAAAGGGGAAUGAAUUUAAGUAUAUGCAUGAUGUAAAGAAAGAAGUAAAUAUUGUACUGAAGAAACCACAAGAAGAAUCUAAAAAUAUUGAAACUAUAGAAAGUGAUUCUGAUUUUGAAGAUGUGCCAUUGGAAUCAAAAAUAAAAGAAGAAGAAGAGGAAGAAAAGAAUAUAGAGGACAAAGAACUUCAGUUAGCUUUAGUUCGAUCAAUAUAUGAUCAAUAUGAAAAUGAUGAACAUAAUAUAAUUACUGAUAAUGGAUUUAAUGAAAAUGAAAUUAAGCUUGCGAUAGAGAAUUCUAAAAAGGAUUAUCUUGAAUUACAGAAUAAGGAAAAAGAAUUAAAUUUUGAUAUUAUCACUGCUAAAAUUACCUCCCAGGAUUUACCAGCCAACAAUAAUAAUAUAAGUAAUGAUGAUCUUAAAUUACCUGAAAAGUUCAAUUUAGGGGAAUCUAUUUUUGCUGGAAGCCCUGAAAAGACUCCAUUAAAAACAAUCAUUAAUGAUAGUGAUGAUAAAAAUGAUAAAAUAACAUUUGGUCCUUCAAUAUUUGUUGAAAAUCUAGAUGGCAAGGAAGUUAUUGGUAAAGAAGCAAUUGAAGAAAAUACUGUUGAUAUUGAACCUAAGAUACCUGAAAUAGUAUAUUCUGAAGAUGAAUUUGAUGAAAUCGAAAAUAAACAUAUAGAUAAGGUAAUUAUAGAGGAUCUGACAGAAGAUACCAGAGUAAAGGAAAUGCCAACUUGGUUCACAAAUGGAAAUAGUUCAGUUUUGAAUGCACACAAGGAGCCCUUUAUACCCAAAUCAACAAUAAAUCAAGUUCGAAAAGAAGAUGAUAAUGAAACGGGGUUAAUUUCAUGGUCGGAGGCAAAAGAUAUAAUACAACAAAGGGAGUCUGAUAAUGAGCAUGAUUCUGAUGUUGAAGAAAUCAUUGCUCCAAUCCCAAAAGAACCAGCACCCAAUGGUAUUGAUCAUAUUAAUGAAGAAGAACUGAGAAAGGCUGAGAUUCUUGAUUAUGAUUUUGAAGAAGAAGAUGAAGUAGAAUUAUUAGAGCAAAUGAGGACUGAAGAGAAUGAUCAUGAAGAUUUUAGAACUAAGAUUAAACAGUCUCAAACAAUGCCUGUUAAAACAAUCGGUACUACCGUAACAGAUGAACAACUUUUACAAGAAAAGUAUCAAAAGGCCAAAAGAGAUUCAGAUGAAGUUUCUGAAGCUAUGAUUACUGAUGUACAAGAAUUAUUAAGAAGAUUUGGUAUACCCUAUAUUACUGCACCAAUGGAAGCUGAAGCUCAAUGUGCAGAAUUAUUAAAGAUUGGAUUAGUAGAUGGAAUCAUUACUGAUGAUAGUGAUUGUUUUUUAUUUGGAGGAGAUAAAAUCUAUAAAAAUAUGUUUAAUCAGAAGCAAUAUGUUGAAUGUUAUCUUAAAGAUGAUUUAGAAGGAAAAUUAGGAUUAAGUCAAGAUAAUCUUAUUGAAUUUGCAUUACUUCUUGGUAGUGAUUAUACUGAAGGUAUUAAAGGUAUAGGACCAGUAAUGGCCAUGGAAAUAUUAGCAGAAUUUGGUUCACUUAAAAAGUUUAAAGAUUGGUAUGAUAUAAAAACUACUACAGUCCAAACUCCUGAUCAAACACUUUCAACUUUAGAAAAGAGUCUUGUUUCAAGAAUUAAAAAUGGGAAAUUAUAUCUUCCAGAAUCAUUUCCUGAUAAUGUAAUAUUUGAUGCAUAUAAGUUACCUGAAGUUGAUCAUGAUCGUACUGAAUUUAAAUGGGGGGUUCCAAAUUUAGAUCAAAUUCGAACAUAUUUAAUGUUUAAUGUUGGUUGGAAUCAAUCUCAAGUUGAUGAAGUUAUGAUUCCUCUUAUAAGAGAUAUGAAUAGGAAACUUACAGAAGGGACUCAGUCAACCAUUGGAGAGUUCUUUCCUCAAGAGUAUAUUCAAUUAAGGAAAGAGCUUAAUAUUGGUAAACGUAUGAAAUCGGCUGCGAAUAAGUUACAUAAGAGAAAAAAGCUUAGUAGUAGUUAAGAUAAAGCUUAGUUAGUAGUAGUUAGUUAGUAGUAGUUAGUUAGUUAGUAGUAGUUAAUAGUUAGUAGGUAGUUAGAUUAAU